AUGCUAUGCCUGUGCGUCUAUCCUCUGUGCCCUGACGAUUUAGGGCGGGAGAUUGACUGGAGCGUGGACUUGACGUUGCCUUCGAUUUCGAGUAUACUCUCCGGGUAUAACGACCCUGGGGAUUCGAUAUCAACGUGUAUGAGGCCUUCUCCGCGGCCUCAACACGUGCCACAGUCGACUCUAGUUCUAAUACCAAGCAUUCCUGACCCCUUUCUUGUCCCGCCGGCGUGUGUACCUUCGAAGCGGACAUUCGCCGAGACAGAUGCAGCAAUGGAAGAGUCUUCGAGGGCUGCUGCACGAGUGUCGCCUACAUUGAGAGUUGUAAAAUCAAUGGUUAGGGGGUCUGUGGAUACUCGAGAACAAGAUAGAUAUGAAGGAGGCUUGAAAAAGCACAUAGAAUCGCACUUAGCCCCGAUUCAAGAGGAGACAGAGGAACCUGCGUCAAGGCCAACCUUUAUACCAACAGACCGGCUCGACGGGACUAUGGGAUGGGCCUAUCCGCCAAGUUCUUCCAUUGUUCGUGAGGCCUCGUCUUCCUCGUCUUCUUCGACUUCUCAUCCCCCUUCGACUAUCCCCCCAAUAGUCCCUUCCAUCAUGGCAGACCACCCAGAUGCCCUCGAUGGAGAAAGUGAUGAUACUUCCUCUUUGGCAUCAAGCGACGAUGCAUCAGUAUUUGAUCAGUAUUCCGACAGCUCCAGCUACACCGCAUCUCUCCUCUCAGAUGUCCAAAACUACAGAUACGAAAAUGGCCGACGAUACCACUCCUACCGGGAAGGACACUACGUGCUCCCAAAUGAUGAGCAAGAACAAGAUCGACAGGACCUGCUCCACCACGUCCGAAACCUAGUUCUCAAUGGCCAACUCUACCGAGCCCCACUGGGAGACAACAUCCAACGAGUCCUGGACGUUGGCACCGGCACAGGUAUCUGGGCCAUCGACUAUGCAGACAGCUUCCCCAGCGCCGAGGUAAUAGGCACCGAUUUGAGUCCCAUCCAGCCCUCAUGGGUCCCGCCCAACUUGCGAUUCAUCGUAGACGACGCCGAAUCGUCCUGGCUAUACAGUCGCAACCGGCCCUUUGACUUCAUUCAUGCCCGCGAUCUCGGCGGUGCUAUCACCGACUGGCCGCGUUUGAUCCGGCAGAGUUACGAGCAUCUCCGGCCUGGGGGUUGGCUUGAGUUGCAGGAGUUUGAGGUUACGCUUAGAGCGGAUGAUGAUUCAAUGCGUCUUGCGCCGACAUUGUGUGAUUUUAUCGGACGUUUGCAUUCGGCCAGCGAGGCGUUUGGUCGUCCUAUGAACAUCGCGGAGGGACAUCGGCAACGGCUGAUUGAGGCUGGUUUUCAAGAUGUGAGGGAUGAUGUGUACAAGGUCAUUUCUAGUCCUUGGGCUGAGGAUCCUGUGCAAAAGGAGAUCGGCCGAUACAACCAGUGCUCUCUUCUGAUGGCAGUGGAAUCCUACUCAUUGGCACUGUUUACUCGAGUACUAGGUUGGUCUAACGAGGAUACGCAAGUGUUCCUGGCAGGCGUGCGUAGAGAUAUCAAGAAUCCCGCUGUCCACUCAUAUUGCUAUAUGCAUGUCGUCUUUGGUCGGAAGCCAAACUACUAG